CGGCAGGUCGGCCCCCUCAGAGCAACAACAAGAGGGAGGGCGUGAGGCACAAGGCUCUAUUUUGAGGCCAUUAUCCACCCCCCUGUGCGACCUGACCUCAUUAUCUCUUGUCAGGAAGGUCAUGGAGGACUGUAGGCGUGUGUGCGUGAAGUAAAAUGGUCAGUGGUGAGGACACAGUGCGUGAAAAAGGAUAAAAAGUGAGGGAAGGCUAAUGACCGGACGGCUGUGAGGGGGAGGACUGCUUGCAAUAUCGUGGGUUGGUCCUCUCUGUGGCCGCUCCUUCACGCACCAUGUAGACACCUGAGCGACCCGGAAGAUGGUCAAGAGGAAGCGGACUCUCAGCACCAGGGAAAACAGUGAAAGUGUCAGCCAUGGGAGCGAUGGAGACGUUGUGGGUGAGGAGGCCAAGCGACUGAAGGCCCAUGGCAGCCCCAGCAAGGUGGAGGGGGCGGUGGGGGGCCCUGAGACAGCUUCCACCACCCAGCAAAGCCACCCGGCAGCCCCCACUGGUCCCCUCAGCCCCACGACUAAUGGAACAGGGCCACACAAUUCAACAGUUCCUUCAGCAGUCUCACAACCACUGCCCAAUGUGCCUUCCCCUGUCCCCGCCCCAGCCCCACAGCCCGCCGCCUCCCAGCGCCCCACCCCACAGCUCCGCACCAGCGCCCGUGUCCUCAACAAACAGCGUCGUGAGGAGACCAGCAAGGCUGACCCACCGCCCUCGGCAGCAUCGGUGGGCGCCAAAAAGCAGGACUCGGCAGGCCUGGACGGGGAGUUUGUCGAGGAGGAGGAUGGGAAGAAGCGGCGCAGGGCAUGGGAGCUCUGGUCUCUAGAGGACAAAAACAUCUUCUUUGAGUCCAUCAAUGAGUGCGGCAAGGACUUUGAGGCUAUCCAGAACUACCUGACCACCAAGUUGAGGAAGAAGGGGGCGCCGCGCAGCCAGGUGAAGAACAAGGACCAGGUGCGCCACUUUUACUACCGCACCUGGCACAAGAUCUCCAAGCACAUCACUUUCAAUGAAGGGGUCAAAAAAGCCACCCAGGAACUGUAUGGCCUCAUCAACUUUGGGGAGCUGCGCAAGAAGAUUGGCGGGACCCUGGACGAACGCAAGGCCCAGAAGCUGCAGGAGCUGAUCAGGAAGGGGUCAACCAGUGUGCGGGUGAAGGGGAAGAGUGUGCGGGUCCGGACACCCAUCUGCCGGGCCCUCAAGAAGCUGAACCAGAUUGAGGAGCACCGGGAACAGGCCGAGUUGCGUGUGCCAGCCACCGUGACCCUGGAGGUGGUGCCGGCCAGCAUGCAGGCGUGGUGCCGCGUGCAGGGCCUGGCGCACAACCCUCGCAUCCGCCUCAACACAUCCCUGCAGAGGCCCCUCACCGCCCUCAUCUCACACCUCCAGGAAAAGUGGCGGAAUUCUAACCUCAAGAUGCGUGACACCCUGUGCUCCCGUGUCAACUUCCCCCUGGAGGUGGAGCCCGUGCCAGAGCCGGUGUUGAGGCUCACACCAACCAAGGGGGCCACCAUCAAGCCCAUCGCAGUCCAGCCUGAGGUGGUGCUGAAAAGUUCCUUCGUGUCCCUGUCGAGCCACGAGGCAAGACUGAGACGACGCGGGGAGAAGGUGGGGAGGGGCGGCCGGCGGAAGGACACCAAGCAGCAGCAGCAACAAAAGGAGGCUGAGGACAGGGCACAGAGGGAGGCUGAGGGACCACGCGGGGAGGCCAGGGGUGCUGCAGGGGCCAGGGAGGGGAAGGGACGGGGGGAGACCGAAGUGGUGGAGCUUGAGGACCUGGGGGAGGUGUCUCAGGAGGAGCAUGAUGACUGCAGUGAUGGGGAGGUGUGUUGCCCUAACUCCCCAGAGGAUGAAGUGGUCAGACUCUCCCCAGACAAAGCCUCCACCACCACCACCCAGUGUAUCCAGAUCAAAGAAGAACCCCCGGACUUGGACUUCCCAUCCUCGCCAAGGGAAGUGUUUGACCCCAAUGUACAAGUAAAGGAGGAGGGCGAGGGGGAGUCCGGGGACACACUAAGGCAGCUCUUGGCCCUGGAGACGGUGGCGGGGGCUGGGGUGGUUGACGGUGAUGCGGAUGUGGUGUGCACAGGCGAGAGCACAAGACUCACAGCCCAUGUUGCCUUAGACGCUCAGCACAAGGCACCACAACACGCCUCACAGCAGAGCGCAGCCACAGAGGAGGACCGAGGAAUGGCAGCCACCCCAGAGCCUGAGGAGGAGGAGAAGGCGCCGGCUGCAGAGACGGAGGUGACGCCUGAGGUGGACAUGGAGGUCUGGAUGCAGAGGAUACGGAAUGGCUGGACGCUUGCCACGGCUGCCGGCGUCACAAUUGGGGAACUGUACCUGAUUUUGGGGCAGAACAAAAAAAUCUGCCUUGAAUAUGAGUUUGAAGACUUCACGAAGGUCAAGGAGAAGACGGAGGAGUUAUCUAGCCCCAAAAAUGAGGAAACAGCCACUGAGAGUCAGACAACCACCACCACCACUACCACCACUACCACUACCACAUCCAGCACUUCAACUACUCCUAUGGAUGGGGCAACAGCAGACACAACUGGUGAGAAGGAGCAACCACAGCAGCAACAGCAGGGCAAGGGAGGAACAGACACAGCAGGAGAAACCACAAAGGAGGAGAACACAGAGGCCGAGGAGAAGCGUGUGGCGGUGGAGAACCUCUCAGGCAUGUUGGGGCAGCUUCUGACAAUGACUCGCAUGAUCCUUAGCAAACCAAUGGCUGAGAGUACCUGCCCCUGUGGUCACACCUGUGGCCGGGGUCAGGGUGUGCUGCGGAGCCCUGCUGGGGGACGCUGCUUGGUGGGGAGGAGUCCUGGCAGCACCCGCAGUCCCCGCACCAGCAAGUUGGCAUUGGUGUGCAGCCCUGGGGGACCAAAUGUGAAGAGUCCUGGGGGUCAGGCCGGUCUGCCGCCCCGCCCGCUGAGGGAACGUAACAAACCAACCUCAGCCAAGAAACUCAUGGCAGAGGCCCUGGACCCUAAUGCUGCCGGGAAUGAUGCAAGGGGAGGGAGAGAAGGAGCCAGCAACAGCAUAGAGGUCAACUUCCAACCCACAGCCAUCACCACCACCCCCACCACAGUCCCAGUCUCCACCCCCGAUGCUGUGCAGGUAUCCAUACCAGGGAUAGGCGCAGGAGGCACAGCAGCCGUUCCAGGCCUGCGUGUGGUGCUGGGGGGCGGCAGGGAGGCAGGGGAGUUUAAGGUCCCGAUAGCGCCGGCACCAAGGCAGCUACAUGUUCAGCAGGCAAACUUCAACGCCCAGCUCAGUAAAUUGUUACCGCGGUACAACAGUCGUCCAGGGCGGAGGCUGGUGAGGAAGAACGUGGUGGUGCAGCGGCAGCUCCCCCUGCUGCCCAAGACCAUGGUGACGCUGCCCACACAUGACAAGCUCCAGGACAGCAGCAGCACUGGCGGCUACAUUCCCAUUACCAUUGUUCCGGCCCCCAAGGGUGGUGUCUUGUCAUCGGCCACCACCUUCACCACCAGGGCGUCUCCAGUCAUGUCCUCCCCCUCCCGGGCUCCAGCUCCUCUGCUGUCCCCCUCCAAUUUGCCUGUUAGGGCUAAAGUCCUGCAGCCCAUGCCCUCCCCUAACAGCCAGGCCAGCACCAGCACAGUGCUUCAGCCCAUGCAGGUCCCCAGCUCACUAGGAGUUGCCACCAGUCAGGUGCAGCUGUCAGUCCUCUCCCCACAGCUGCAGCAGCCCCGCCUGCCGCCACCACCGCCUCAGAUGACAACGAUGGCCCCUGCGCCCAAUGCCAUCUCUGUCAAUAUAUCAGGCCAGCCAUUGCUGACGGUUGAGAUGCCGGCACUGGUUAACACUCAGCCCAGUGUGCCUGCUCCCCAGACCAUCCCUCAGGCACCACCACCACAGCCUCAGCCACCACCAGCACCACCACCAACACCAGCCACAGAGAACAGCAUCAGUGUCACUGCUGCCCUGAGUGUGUCUUGCCCAGCCACCUCAGCAGAGCACAGCCAAGCCAAUGGCCUGCUGAAUUCUGUAGUUUCUCAGGUACUGAGUGAGUUGCCUGACCUCAGCACUCCCCCCAGCACACCCCAGCCUAGUCUGAGCAGCAAGUCUUCUGAUCAGCCCAGCCUUCAGGUGGCUGGGUUGGACACGUCCUCCCUGUGCCGACCUGCCUCCCCAGCCCUUCUCUUUGGCUCAGCCCUGCCUGUGGAGUCCCUGCCUGGCCUGCACACCCCUGUAUUGGAAGACACCAGCACCUUGGCGACCUCCUUGCCCCAGUCCCUUCCCUCAGCCCUGUCCCCCACUCUCUCCCAGACCGCCUCCCUGCUCUCCAUGGCCACCACAAGCCACCUGGAGAUGUCCCCUCCCCCCACCCAGACCAAUGCCUAUGCCUCCCUCCUCAACACCCCAACACCAACAUCAAAUACUUGUGCCAGCAUCACCUCCACCCCUGUGCGCAACAUCUUUCCCUCCACGCCCUCCAUUUCCACCCUGCUCUCCUCCUCCCCGCCUGAUCUCAGCAGAGGGUUCCCAAAUCUCCUGGGUGGGUCAGAGGAGACGCAGGAUGGCUCCAUCGUCCAGGACUCAGGGGGACUCGUGCCUGAGCUUCACAUCCCCGAGGGCUGUGGUGGCCUCCCCUUGCUGGAUAUAUCACUGGGAGGCACAGUCACUAUUGCAGACCAGGCACCAGGAGGUCUGUUGGACACUGGCAGCUCCCACCCAACCCUGAGGGAACAGCUGGCUGCUGCUGCCCACUCACCACCACCCACCUCCUCACACCUGCCACUCAAAGAACCGCUGACAUCGUCCCCCAUCAUGAGCCUCGGCAGUGGAGGUCAGGACUCCACCAGCACCGACAAGCUUGUGGACAUCACCCUCGGCAACUGUGACUCCAACUCCAGCUUCUCCAGUCUCCUUGCAGCAGCUACGCAGCCCCAGUGUCUACACACCUCCCUUCUUGGGGCCACCACCGGGGGCACUGAAGGAGAGGGCUUGGGGAAGACUGGUGGAGGGGAAGUUGGUGGUAUUGGUAGAGGGGAAGGUGGCUGUUUGGUGGGAGAUGCCUCAGGCUUCCCCACCCUCUCCAACACCCCUCCCUCACCCCCGUCCUCUCCCUCCCGCCUCCUUCAGCAGUCUGACACCCAGUGGCUGAACAACGAGGUGAAUGAUUUCUCCUUGUCAAGCUUCCUCGGCCACUUCGAAUCCCCAGUCAAGAACAACUCCAAUUCCCGCAGCUCCUCCCAGACGGCUCCUCAGACCACCUUCAUGCCCAGCCUCAGCUCCGUGUACAACGAGAACAGUGUGGACUUCACCGCCACCUUUGCUGAGAUGAAGGCGCAGGUGUCCGGGAGCUUCAAGCAGUGAUGGUGCAGGUAGCUACGUGUUCAAAGGGAGGCAGAGAACUGGGCUCGUGAAGUGUUGGGAGGAAAUAAUAGAUUCUUUGCGGCUUUAAAAGGCCUAAUAGGGAGAUGGAACUCCAGAUGAUUUGUUUGUUUUAGAAGUGGAAAGGGAGGUGUUGUGGAGUGUUUAAAUGAGAACAAGUAGUAGUCGAAGUGUCAAGUGAAGUGAAAAAGUAGAGUUUUCUGGGGAAGUCUUUGUGUUCCCAGAAUUUUUUAAUCUAAGUGACUCAAGACAUUUUGCAUUUUUCACUGAUGCAGGGAUUGGUAACUCUCCUUGACUUAUUAUCAGUAUCAAGAGAGACUCCUCUAACUGUACCUGUGGUCACAUUUUACACAAUGCAUUUGUAAAGCCUUUAACUUCCUUUACAAACUAUACAUCCAGUGGUAGUAAUGGUCCUUAGUCACCAUCCUAAAGAGUCACGGUUCAUGAUAGUACAAACCUGGUGACCCUGCCCCCCUCCAGGCUCUGAUGACCCUGGGCUGCCUCACCCCACCCCUGAGGCCCUGCCACAGCCCCUGCUUGUGCCUGGGUGGGUGGGCAGGUCAGCCGUUCCCUGCACCCUACCACUCCAUCUGGGCACUAGGGUAUGUUUGCUGGAUUUGUACAAACCAUUCCAAACAGCAUUCUUAUCAGGGGGAAAAAAUACUCCAGAAUCAAGCCAAGGUAUAAAAAAUAGUCACAAUAACAAUGAAAAAGUUUGACUAAUUCAUUUUUCUAGUAAGUUUUGGGGCUUCUGUGCUCACUCAUCUCCAUCACAUUGUCCUUUGAACUUGUGGUGAGAAAUAGCCCAUUGCCCCGAGAGGUUUUUAUAGCUCUACUCAGUUUCCCAGAAUAGCUUUACUGUCUGGUAUGAGUAAUAAUUGGGAUAGUGUGUACAAAUUGGCGUGCGCAUACUUUAAGCAGAAAGGAGGAAGAUGCAUGAGUAGGAGGACACCUUUUACAGCUUAGACCAGUGGCAUGAUGCAGAAUGAACGCAGGUGGGGGAUUAGUUAAUUCAUUAAUUAGGAAAUCCUUAAUCGGCAACAGAAUACCUCAGAACUGAUCGUGUUCCUAAAACCUCAUUGUCUUCCGUGUUACUUGCUGGAAGACCUCAAAGAUAAUGUUCCCAAGAAUUCAUAGGAAGCUUUCAUUCUGCUCCCUCAAAACUGACCAUGUUCUUACGUAUUCACAGGACGACUUAGGAACGGAUAGUCUUUUUUGUAGGAAUUCACAGUUGGUGUACGUAUUCGGUGUUGUAAAAAGGCCCUCUAGUGUGUCUUUCCAACUCUUUGUGAACUCUCUUGGGUCUGAGUGUCAGUGUCUUAGCAGGAGGUGCAAGGAGGCAGCGGUGAUGUUAGAGGAAGGGGGAAAGGAGACGUUGCUCAAAGACUGGCUGAAGAGAAAGAUAGUACAAUGGGUCAUGCAAAAAUUCUCUUUUGUCACUGAACAAGAUAGGAAUGUCUUUAGGGAAUCACAACGGUCAAAGGAAUCUGUCUUUCACUGUGUGUGUUAGGUGUGACUUCAUGGCUCCUUGCUUAUUUUGGAGAGAUUAACAGAAAAUGCACAGACUUUCUAACCCAAAAGACAGGUAAUCAUGUUGUAGGAGCUCUUCAUACGGUUUAGAGCAUGAUAGUUCUGCUGACAGAAGGUGGAACAACAAUCAAACAAUUACAAAGACAUUUGCCAUGUUUAUAAGUAUCAGUUUUCAGACAGCUUUGAAAAUUCCCCAAGUAAUAAAACUAACAGUGUGCAUUAGGAAUUCCUAUUUUUGUUACUUAGCUUAAAACUUCCCUCAUCUAGAGCAGGGUAUUAUCAGUACAAAGGCUGAACAUUCAGUGGCUGCCUAACCAACCCUCUCAGGCUAAAUUGUCCCUCACCUUAGCAGUAAUUAAUGAUUAACUUACCUGAGCAGUCAUAAGGAGAGCUCAGGUGCAAUGAGGGUAAUGUCAUAUGUAUUCCUAUUCAAUGCCUAGCAUCUUUAAAUUUACAUAUUUCAGAUCCAUAAAAAUGCCCGUUCAUGCAGCUUUUUUGAGUACUGAGUUCUGUGCUUGGUGUGUUAUUUUACGUAACUCUUUGCUGUGAUAACAUUACAUACAAAGUAAUUUGUGGACAGUGUUGGUCAUAUAUUGAGAUGCAGUUUCACUGAGAACAAAUCUGAGAAGGGCUAUCUCUGUUCCCCUUCUCAUCCUUCGCCUCAUGCUGUCUUUUUAUAGUGAAUGUAGCAUUGAAGUAGGCUUCCUUAUUUUUAAAAGAUUUUUCAAGUAAUCUUUACUGCUUUGAAGCUUGACUGGUGUUUUGUUGAUACAGUUUCUUGUGUGUGGGUAGAUGUGUCGCUGGUCAUGAUGCACUCUAUAUUAGUUUGUCAUCCAGGGCCGUCUCUCUUGUUUCCAGUUUCUUGGUAAAUUGUCUGAGAUUUUUUGUUUGGGUCGUGUUUGAGUGUGUGGCUGCUGUAAGCUGACAUGGACCACUGUUGCAACCCAAGUCAGUGAUGUGCUUUAGAUCCUCAACAGAGUGAUCCACAUCACCUUGCUUCAGCCACAACCAUGAACUCACACUGGCCUCAUUCAUUCCUCACCUCUGUUGGCACCUCAUUGCCCAAACUGUUCAUUCAUUAUAUCCCUGGACCUUUUAGCUACAUUCAUCAUUCAUAAAUUUAGAAGGAUGUGGGAAGUACUAUGUAAUUAUUCUUUACUUCACUUCAGCCUUGAACAACAGUAAUAUGAAGCUUUAAACUUUAUCCAACUGACAUAGUAAGUGCAUUCAGUACUGGUCAUAUUUAAUGAAAAUUUUAUUUGCCUUUUAAAACUAAAAUAUUAAGUAAAAAGUAUAAUUACUUAAGUACUUGAUAUCCACUCAUGUAAAUAUAUACGUAAACAGUGUUUGUCACAUGCAGUACAUUGUAAAUAUUUCAUUAUAUAAAUUGGUAAAUUAUAUAUUUAGCUACCAAAUGUUGAUUUUGUAGUGGUCAGUGAAAAGUGGCAUUGCAUUUAUCUUGAGAGCCUCGCAUUGGAUGUGUGGCCCACAAGGCAGCCUGGGUGGUGUGGCCAGACUGGGUGUGUGUGCCCAGCCCCUCCAGGCUCUGCGCACUGCCUGGCAUGGUGCUUUAUCGGGGUGACACGCUGCUCCAAACAGAAAAGGAACAAAUGUACGCAUCUGCAGAUCUGUGGACAGGGUGAAUGUCAGACCAUGAGUGAAGUCUUACAGGGCUCCUUGUGUCAAGUGGGGACUACAAAAGUUGGAAUAUUUUUGUAUUUACUCAUGUAAAUAAUGCUCAGUAUUCCUUGACAGGGCAUGUAGUGUUAGGUUACAUGACUUGGUGGUAGGGCGGUAGGGGAGUGUAGGAUAUCUCCAAUUCAGAUGCAAUAUUCCAAUUACCAUGCAUCAGGAAAAGAAAAUACAUAGUCUGAGCGAAGGUAUAACAACAAAGGAAUGUUGAUAUAAUGAAUGUUUGUUGAUAGUUACUUUGAUAACAAUUCAUUUUUAUACCUUAACUCAGUCUUCUAUUUUUUUUCUGAUAAAUAUUAAUUGAGAUAUUGAAUACAAACUGGGAAAUGUAUCCUACUUUUAGAUGAUCUAGAAAGGGAUUUUUUUUAUAAAGGAAUCAAUGUUACUUGUUCAAAUUGUACAUCAGUCUUACAGAGGUUACAUAUAUUUUUAUUUUAGUUCUUAGAUUUGUUCCCUGACUUCGUUACGGAUUGUCAUCUUAUUGCAUUGUGUCACUUCGAAUUACUUUUUAUUUAUUUAUUGUCGUAAUUGUGAGCCAAACAGUAACAAGCAAUAAUAUUAAUCAGGCAGAAUUUGAGUAGAUACAAAGAUUGAAUUUAAUAAGUGGUGGAAACUUUAAAACAGUGGUAGUAAGAGAUUUGGCAAGGUGAGAGAGAGAGAGAGAGAGAGAGAGAGAGACCACUACCACCUUGCCCACUCUUGAAGGCCUAGUGAUCAAAGGGUUCUGUACAGUCCUGAUCAGUUUUUACUCUGUGCUGAGAUCCUUUUUGUACUCGUUAUUAACACUUUCAUAAUGAUGUGUUAUUUUUGUAAUAAACCGUUAGGAAAGCUG